UCACACACCACACACCAUUCACAAGAAUUCAGGACCAUUAGCUAUGGUAUAUAGGGUUCCACACAUCUAGCUACCUUAACAUUUUCCUUAUUUUUUCAACCAUAAACCUAUUUUUCACCAUACAAAACUGAAAACCCAUCUCAAAGGGCAAGUAACGUAUGUGUAACAACAUAUAAUUGCAUUCUUAUUUUAAAAAUUUCUUUCUUCUUCUCAAUAGAAAGAUUGCAUAUAUAUUAUUAUAACUUCAAGUAUAACACGAGCACUUAAAAAUAAGCCAAACUAAAUGGGACAAGAAAAGAAGAUGACUCAGCCGUCUUCGUUUAGGCUCAGAAGCCCGAGCCUAAACUCCAUCCGGCUGAGAAAGAUCUUCGAUAUGUUUGACAAGAAUGGCGACGACAUUAUCACGGUGAAGGAGAUCAGCCAGGCAAUGAACCUUCUAGGGCUGGAGGCGGACACGGCGGAGCUAGAGAACUUGACGAAGUCGUAUAUAAGUCCGGGGAACGAGGGUUUGGCAUUCGAGGACUUCUUGAAACUGCAUGAGUCUCUAGGGGAAGAAUACUUCGGGUUCAUGGAGGCGACGAAUGACGAGGAAGAGGAGGAGAAGAUGAAGGAGCAGGAGGAAUCGGAUCUUUGGGAAGCGUUUAAGGUGUUCGAUGAGAAUGGUGACGGUUACAUAUCGGCGAGGGAGCUUCAAGUGGUGUUAGGGAAGUUAGGGUUGUCUGAAGGGGAUGAGAUUGAGAGUGUUCAGAAGAUGAUUGGAUCUGUUGAUAUCAACCAUGAUGGUCGUGUUGAUUUCUCUGAGUUCAAGAACAUGAUGAGAUCCGCCAUUGUUAAAAAAUGAUCAAUUAGCUUCAUUCCAAUUUCUACUUUUUUUUUAGUAUAUCAAGAAGUACUGUUUUUGAUAAUUCUGUGGUAGAAAUUCUGUGACAUGUUAUGGUACUUCUUUUUUUAUGGUUGAAGAAUUUUCUUUCUAUCAACAUUUUCAGAAGUUUCUAAAUUGUAUAAUAUUGGUUGAUAUAUUUUUGAAUUUUAA